AGAACACCAGAUUGGUUUUAAGAGGAAACAUGUUUGUUCCGGCUGCAGUCGUCAUCACCUUUGUGUGUUUCUGCUCCUUCCAGGCAACAUUUGGACAGGACUGCCGCAGCAGGCAGGAAAUACAAGGCUCUCUGAAGCAGGUCCAGAAGCUCCUCUCAGCCCAUGAAGCCUCCUAUUUACAGAGUCUAAGCAAUCUGAAGAAGAAAAUAAACUCACUGCAGAGCAACGCAGGGAAGCAGACAACAAAAGCCGCCAACAGUACCUGCGCAAAACUGGACGCACCCAUCAAUGGAAGGAAACUUGGCAAGUCCCACAGUGUGAGCCACGAGGUCCACUUUCUGUGUGACCCCGGCUAUGAACUGGUGGGGUCAGAGAGCAGGGUGUGUCAGGAAAGCCUGACAUGGAGUGGCCAGCAGCCGACCUGCCGAGACAUCAAUGAGUGUGUGUCCUCUCCAUGCCUGAACGGUGGGACAUGUGUGGAUGAGGUGAACCAGUUCUCUUGUGUCUGUGCCAAAGGCUGGAUUGGAGCUACUUGUCAGAGCACUGUACCAACAUUCUUUGCUACCAUGACCAACACCUCUGCAGCCACCUCUGCUGCUGCUGCUACCUUGCCAGCUGCCACCACUGGGCCCUUUGUCCGUCCAUCACGUUGCAGUAUAGUGCAGGGGACGACCCACUGCACCUGCGAGGCAGGAUACACCAUCUCUGGAAGGGACAGCAGCACCUGCACUGAUAUAGAUGAAUGUGAGCUGUUCCAUAAUGGGCAGGCUGGGAGACUGUGUUUACAUGCUUGUAUUAACACUCCCGGAGGCUACCGCUGCUCCUGUCCUGUCGGAUAUAAUGUGACCCGUGAUGGGCGCAGCUGUAAAGACAUUGAUGAGUGUGCCACGAGACAAAACAAUUGCACUAAGGACCACAUGUGCAUUAAUACAUAUGGCAGUUUCCAGUGUGUCAGUGUGGACUGCCCCAAAAUCCCUAAUGCUACAUACGUCAAGACGUCGCCUAUGCGCUGUGAACGUAACCCCUGUCCUGUGGACAACAAGGCGUGUACUCAGACACCAAAUUCCUUCUCCUACCAUUACAUGGCCCUUGUGUCCAACCUGUCAGCUCCUCGCGUCAUGUUCAGGGUCUCAGCGUUGCGUCCAAUGGGCGAAACGCUUCGCUUCUCCCUGCUCGGGGGAAGGUUAGCCAGGCGCCACUUCACAGUCCAGCGUUCAGACCGUCUGACAGGUCAACUAAUGCUGGUGAGCCCCAUACAAGGCCCGGCAACUGUGGAGGCAGAGGUGGAGAUGAGCGAGGUGGAGAAACGUGUCCAGCUGGGGAAGUACAUCACCAAAAUCACAAUGUUUGUUUCCCAGUACGAGUUCUAGAAAAGACGCAAAGGAAGUCUGGCCUAAUAUUUAGCGAUGGACAUUUGGUCAUGGAUGUCUGAUGGAUUAUGGUGACCAUAUUUAAACUCAGCUGUACAGCUGCUGAAGGAAAUGCUGCAGACAGAAUAUGAUUUCUACUGAUGUGUUGGUAUUAAAGCUGGGGUAUUUGAUUAGUGAGUCUCAUCUCCUGGUUGUUUAAUGCUAAUAUUUUGGGAUCAGGGCUCUCUGUACUGAGCCCAUACCACCACAUAAGCCUGAACAAACAAAUGCACCUUAUAUGCAACAGAAGACCCGCAAAAAUGUCUCCACAUCUGAAAUAUUCUGCUUAUACUGAAAUGUGUUUUAUUUUAUUUAUUAUCAGAAUCCCUUCUUUCUUUUUAAGUAAGUACGUGGGCAAGUGUGGUGGCCCCCUGCAUGGUGUUGUUAUGGCGAAUGUGUUGACAAAUGAUGAUUUCUUUAUUUUAAUUAUACUUAAAAGUUGUGAGAAAAUUAUUGACCAAUAGGGCCAAUAUGAGGUUACUUACCCUAGCUUUAAACCAAAGGGAAACAAUUCAAAUGGUCACCUACGUUUGGUUGAUUUCUGUAUGAGCACAAGAAUAGAAAUAACAUGACAUGAGGUGUUAACUGAUGAAAGGAGAACUCUUUAUAAAUGACAAAAAAGAUAUGUAUUCAGGUAUAUUAUGUAUUUACAUAUGCAGUGGACAUGUAUCUGUCCUACUGAUUGUAUUGUGGUCUCGAUCCAUUUUCUAUUGCACUUAUUAAACACCAUGUAA